CUUCUUCUUCCUCUACUUCCUUCAACCCUAGCCGCAUGCGCAUAGCAUAUCGGAAUCCCAAUCCCAAUCCCAAUCCCAAAGGUAACUAACAAAAGUUUAUUCUUUUUGUUUUGUUAUUUGAUCAAGUAAUCAAACUAUGAUGGCAGAAGAAGAUAGGAUGAGUGGUUUACCCGAUGAAUUGCUAUGUCAAAUUCUGUCAUUUUUACCCUCAGAGGAAAUCCCGAGCACAAGCCUUCUCUCAAAGCGAUGGAGGCGAGUCUGGCUAGGGAUGCCAAAUGCAGAUAGAAUCAGUAUUUUACCUGAUGAACUGCUAUGUCGCAUCCUAUCUCUUUUGCCUGCAAAACAAAUCAUGGUCACAUCCCUUCUCUCAAGGCGCUGGAGAUCACUCCGUCCAAGAAUGACGGAAAUCAACAUUGAUGACACUAGCUAUAUCCAUGACCGCGAUGCCUAUGACAGAUAUUAUCAUGUCAUCGCCUUGUUUUUGUUUGAAAUGAAAAUCCAUCAUCCUAUCAUGAAAACUGUUACUAUUCUCUCUGCAUCUCCCUUCUUUAAUCCGUUACCUUUAUGGCUUAAUUGUCUCAAAGUUCAACAUCUCGAUGUAACUUCUUCCGCCACCCUUUGCCUUUGUGUACCAUAUAAGGUUCUAACUUCCACAGCUCUCGUUGUUUUGAAGUUGAAUGCCUUGACUAUAGACUAUGUUCAUAGAUCUUCUACUAAUUUGCCUUCCCUUAAAAUCCUCCACUUGACCCAAGUUCAUUUUCUAAAGCUUAAAUUUCUCAUCAAGAUUCUCUCCAUGUCUCCGCUUCUUGAGGAUCUUCUCUUGAAAGAUUUACAAGUUACAGACAAUACUCUUGCUCAGGAUGAUGCUGCUGCUUUGAAACCUUUCCCCAAACUGCUUAGAGCAGACAUUUCUGACUCUUGUAUUUCUCCUCUUUUACUGCCCCUCAAACUCUUUUAUAAUGUCCAUUUUCUACGCUCUCAACUACAAACACUAGAGGAACAACAAGACACUCAGUUUCUCAGUUUAACUCAUUUGGACCUUAGCUUUGAUCAUGGAUAUUACUGGAUUUCCCUAAUCAAAUUCAUAUGCGCCUGCCCCUCUCUUCAAACUCUCACCAUUCGCAAGAUUGGAGGAGGCUAUGGAUUAUUAAGUAAUGAUGAUCACAAUAACUGGCCGCAUCCACAAUUUGUCCCCCAAUGCAUUUCAUCACAUCUACAAAUGUUCUCUUUUAUUAAUUAUGGAGGCAACCUAAGCGAGCUUCAAUUCACCAAAUAUGUUGUCCAAAAUGCAACUCUCUUGCGCAACGUCACCAUCUACAGAAAUACCUCUUCAAAUCCACCCAAGGACCUUCAAAUCAUCAAAGAAUUACACUACUGUCAAAAGGAGAAGAAAGAGGAUUCCGUUACCCACCAACUUCAUUUUGAAUGGAUCUAGUGGAUGGAAGAACUACAAAUCUCAACAAGGCCUAUCCCUUCCUUCCUUAGCUGCUGCUGAUGCUGCUUUUUAUUGUUUGCAGGAUCGGUAAAAGCUGGAAAGACAAUGGAGCAGAGCAACGGGUGAUGGCUUCGUUAUAUGGAAGGUAAGGAAUAACAUGAUUAUCCAAAAUCAAGAUGCGGAAGUUGAGAGGCGUGUGAAAAAAGGUAAAACUGAUGGUGCGGAGCUGGUUGAAUCUCAAAAUUAUUAUGGGAUUUGGAUAUGAUAUAAGACAGAGGUGAAAGAAGGCAUUAUUCAAACUAGUGCAAAUCUGCAAUUCCUGUAUGAAUACUCCAGUCUGCAUUUUGUUUCCACAUGCAUGAAAGGAUAAUACUGGGGUGUGUAGGAGUUGAGGUGUAGAUCAGAAGCACAUAUGUAAGGACUGUUUGGACAAGUAAAUAAAGAAAACAAAGUGCGUAUGAAUAGAGGUGAAUGUAGGUUAUGGAGCUGUGGAGCGGAAAUUGUGUAGACCUGUCAAGAACGAGCAGUAGUGACAUUAGACUGUGAGCUUUUAUUCAAGAAUGAAUGAAUUUUAAGAUACUGUGAAGAAGUUAGUACAAUGACAUAAAUAACAUAUGAAUGUUGGAAAGUUGCUUAAAUUUAUGAAUUACUGUCAAGAGAGCAUAUUUUGCAAUGAAUGUAGUAGUAGUUGAAUAGAAGUGGUUCUUUAAUCUUGGUGUGUUGUGGGCAAGUUUUAAAGAUCUUACUUAAGAUGAUCAAAUUAUAGUUGAGUUUAUGUUGGAAUGGUUAAAGUUUAGAUGGUAUUAGUAUUCAACUUGGUAUGGUAGUUGGUCUGUGUUUUUGUGUCAAGGGAAAAUCUCAUUAGUGAUGAUGGCUGCUUUGAUUCUGAGAUCAAAACUGAUGCGACUGCUUACUCAUUAGGGUGCUAAUAUAUGUUUGGGUUGGGGGCUGUACUACUUGAAGGAGUGGAUUAGUUUUUAAAUAAAUCAUUCUGUCAACAUUGUCUUUUUAUUUGUAUAUUAAGAGAUGUUGAUGUAUUAAAAAGACAAAUGUAUGUAUUUUGGGGUCUUCUAAGUUUGACGCUUGUAUCAUAUUAUUCA